AUGUGUGGUUCUGGGCACCUGAUGUGGCUAGUAGGAAUACGUGAUUCUGGUCCUCCUGCAAUAACCUCUGUAAUCGACGGUCACGAACUGUCAUCCUUACAAGCAGCAGAGGUGUCAUCCUCAACUGGAAGGUAUGCAAAAGCGGACAUAAUCGCCCUAAUAUUUGCAGGCAGUCUACGCAGCCAAACGAGAGCGGCCGAGCCGGGAGCGGACGGCAGGGGGAACACCAGCGACCAGAGAGGACCAUGGAAGCCGCGUCUGGCGGGCGCGGACGGAGACGGAACACCCGGCGCGGUGCAGACCAGUUACGAAGCGCCCAGCAAGAAACAGAAGUGGAGACCGAGGAAACAGCCAGGAUACAGAGCACCAGACACUACAGAUGACGUCCGCGUCCCCAGAGAGCGGCCGAGCCGGGAGCGGACGGCAGGGGGAACACCAGCGACCAGAGAGGACCAUGAAAGCCGUGUCUGGCGGGCGCGGACCGGAGACGGAUCACUCGGCGCGGUGCAGACCAGUUACGAAGCGCCCAGCAAGAAACAGAAGGGGAGACCGAGGAAACAGCCAGGAUACAGAGCACCAGACACUACAGAUGACGUCCGCGUCCCCAGAGAGCGGCCGAGCCGGGAGCGGACGGCAGGAGGAACACCAGCGACCAGAGAGGACCAUGGAAGCCGCGUCUGGCGGGCGCGGACGGAGACGGAACACUCGGCGCGGUGCAGACCAGUUACGAAGCGCCCAGCAAGAAACAGAAGUGGAGACCGAGGAAACAGCCAGGAUACAGAGCACCAGACACUAAAGAUGACGUCCGCGUCCCCAGAGAGCGGCCGAGCCGGGAGCGGACGGCAGGAGGAACACCAGCGACCAGAGAGGACCAUGGAAGCCGCGUCUGGCGGGCGCGGACGGAGACGGAACACUCGGCGCGGUGCAGACCAGUUACGAAGCGCCCAAGCGGCCGAGCCGGGAGCGCACGGCAGGGGGAACACCAGCGACCAGAGAGGACCAUGGAAGCCGCGUCUGGCGGGCGCGGACGGAGACGGAACACUCGGCGCGGUGCAGACCAGUUACGAAGCGCCCAGCAAGAAACAGAAGUGGAGACCGAGGAAACAGCCAGGAUACAGAGCACCAGACACUACAGAUGACGUCCGCGUACCCAGAGAGCGGCCGACCCGGAAGCGGACGGCAGGGGGAACACCAGCGACCAGAGAGGACCAUGGAAGCCGCGUCUGGCGGGCGCGGGCCGGAGACGGAACACUCGGCGCGGUGCAGACCAGUUACGAAGCGCCCAGCAAGAAACAGAAGUGGAGACCGAGGAAACAGCCAGGAUACAGAGCACCAGACACUACAGAUGACGUCCGCGUCCCCAGAGAGCGGCCGAGCCGCGAGCGGACGGCAGGAGGAACACCAGCGACCAGAGAGGACCAUGGAAGCCGCGUCUGGCGGGCGCGGACGGAGACGGAACACUCGGCGCGGUGCAGACCAGUUACGAAGCGCCCAGCAAGAAACAGAAGUGGAGACCGAGGAAACAGCCAGGAUACAGAGCACCAGACACUACAGAUGACGUCCGCGUCCCCAGAGAGCGGCCGAGCCGGAAGCGGACGGCAGGGGGAACACCAGCGACCAGAGAGGACCAUGGAAGCCGCGUCUGGCGGGCGCGGGCCGGAGACGGAACACUCGGCGCGGUGCAGACCAGUUACGAAGCGCCCAGCAAGAAACAGAAGUGGAGACCGAGGAAACAGCCAGGAUACAGAGCACCAGACACUAAAGAUGACGUCCGCGUCCCCAGAGAGCGGCCGAGCCGGGAGCGGACGGCAGGGGGAACACCAGCGACCAGAGAGGACCAUGGAAGCCGCGUCUGGCGGGCAGUUCGAGUUAGUCUUCCGUACCGAGCAGACGUGCUACGCGUACGCCCCCAUGAGUUCGGCAUCUAGCUCAGCGACGGGUGUGGCGGAUCGCCGUCCGGCGGAGCUUGCUUCGUCGGCGGCCCCAUCCGGCCCCCACACCAUGACGCCCCGGCAAAGGCUGAAGGGCAAUGAUUUAUUGACGACCACAGCGAGGACCCUGGACAUGACGAUGGAUUAUUCUUCUGAUGCGUCGUUUGAAGACGACGCUACUCGCCCGUCGCCGUCGCAGUUUCGACGGAAACGCAGCGAUUCCGGACCUAGACUGCCCCAUGUGGCGCCCACCGACGACGGCUUCAUUCGUCCGCCAAAAAAGAAGCAGGCGAAGAACCAGGCACCGGCAGACGCACCUGUAGUGCCUGUAAGCAACAGAAUUAGUAGUCAAUACCUUCGGGUAAAUACUACCGUCCCUCAACCCCUGCCGGUAGUUAAGACGAUGCGGACCGGUGCGUCUGGCGGGUGCGGACCGGAGACGGAUCACUCGGCGCGGUGCAGACCAGUUACGAAGCGCCCAGCAAGAAACAGAAGUGGAGACCGAGGAAACAGCCAGGAUACAGAGCACCAGACACUACAGAUGACGUCCGCGUCCCCAGAGAGCGGCCGACCCGGAAGCGGACGGCAGGGGGAACACCAGCGACCAGAUAGGACCAUGGAAGCCGUGUCUGGCGGUCGCGGACUGGAGACGGAUCACUCAGCGCGGUGCAGACCAGUUACGAAGCGCCCAGCAAGAAACAGAAGUGGAGACCGAGGAAACAGCCAGGAUACAGAGCACCAGACACUACAGAUGGCGUCUGCGUCCCCAGAGAGCGGCCGAGCCGGGAGCGGACGGCAGGGGGAACACCAGCGACCAGAGAGGACCAUGGAAGCCGCGUCUGGCGGGCGUGGACCGGAGACGGAUCACUCGGCGCGGUGCAGACCAGUUACGAAGCGCCCAGCAAGAAACAGAAGUGGAGACCGAGGAAACAGCCAGGAUACAGAGCACCAGACACUACAGAUGACGUCCGCGUCCCCAGAGAGCGGCCGAGCCGGGAGCGGACGGCAGGGGGAACACCAGCGACCAGAGAGGACCAUGGAAGCCGCGUCUGGCGGGCGCGGGCUGGAGACGGAUCACUCGGCGCGGUGCAGACCAGUUACGAAGCGCCCAGCAAGGAACAGAAGUGGAGACCGAGGAAAUAGCCAGGAUACAGAGCACCAGACACUACAGAUGACGUCCGCGUCCCCAGAGAGCGGCCGAGCCGGAAGCGGUCGUCAGGGGGAACACCAGCGACCAGAGAGGACCAUGGAAGCCGCGUCUGGCGGGCAGUUCGAGUUAGUCUUCCGUACCGAGCAGACGUGCUACGUGUGCGCUCCCAUGAGUUCGGCAUCUAGCUCAGCGACGGGCUUGGCGGAUCGCCGCCCGACGGAGCUUGCUUCGUCGGCGGCCCCAUCCGGCCCCCCCACCAUGACGACCCGGCAAAUCCGGAAGGGCAAUGAUUUAUUGACGACCACAGCAAGGACCCUGGACAUGACGAUGGAUUAUUCUUCUGAUGCGUCGUUGGAAGACGACGCUACUCGCCCGUCGCCGGUGCAGUUUCGACGGAAACGCAGCGAUUCCGGACCUGGACUGCCCCAUGUGGCGCCCACGGACGACGGCUUCAUUCGUCCGCCAAAAAAGAAGCAGGCGAAGAACCAGGCACCGGCAGACGCACCUGUAGUGCCUGUAAGCAACAGUUUAGACUAUGCGGACCGGUGCGUCUGGUGGGCGCGGACUGGAGACAGAACACUCGGCGCGGUGCAGACCAGUUACGAAGCGCCCAGCAAGAAACAGAAGUGGAGACCGAGGAAACAGCCAGGAUACAGAGCACCAGACACUACAGAUGACGUCCGCGUCCCCAGAGAGCGGCCGAGUCGGGAGCAGAAGGCAGGGGGAACACCAGCGACCAGAGAGGACCAUGGAAGCCGCGUCUGGCGGGCGCGGACCGGAGACGGAACACUCGGCGCGGUGCAGACCAGUUACGAAGCGCCCAGCAAGAAACAGAAGUGGAGACCGAGCAAACAGCCAGGAUACAGAGCACCAGACACUACAGAUGACGUCCGCGUCCCCAGAGAGCGGCCGAGCCGGGAGCGGACGGCAGGGGGAACACCAGCGACCAGGGAGGACCAUGGAAGCCGCGUCUGGUGGGCGCGGACCGGAGACGGAACACUCGGCGCGGUGCAGACCAGUUACGAAGCGCCCAGCAAGAAACAGAAGUGGAGACCGAGGAAACAGCCAGGAUACAGAGCACCAGACACUACAGAUGACGUCCGCGUCCCCAGAGAGCGGCCGAGCCGGGAGCGGACGGCAGGGGGAACACCAGCGACCAGAGAGGACCAUGGAAGCCGCGUCUGGCGGGCGCGGACCGGAGAGGGAACACUCGGCGCGGUGCAGACCAGUUACGAAGCGCCCAGCAAGAAACAGAAGUGGAGACCGAGGAAACAGCCAGGACACAAAGCACCAGACACUACAGAUGACGUCCGCGUCCCCAGAGAGCGGCCGAGCCGGGAGCGGACGGCAGGGGGAACACCAACGACCAGAGAGGACCAUGGAAGCCGCGUCUGGCGGGCGCGGACCGCGGAGGGAACAUCCGAUGCGGCGCGGACCGGCUAG